AUGGAUAGAGGCCGAGCCGCUGGCCAGCAUAUCCUCAUCCAAUUGCAGGAAGUUCAUGUGGAGGCAAGCGAUAACACGGUUGAGUUCGCAAACAAGAUCAUCCUGUUAGGACUUAAGAAGCGGCUGGAUGAUAAAAAAGGUGCUUGGGCCGACGAGCUCGCCUCGGUUCUCUGGUCCUACCGCACAACCGAACAGUCAUCUACCGGAGAAACUCCCUUUCGACUAACAUAUGGGCUAGACGCGGUAAUACCCGUGGAGAUCGGGGAGCCGAGCCCACGACUACUUUUGAAGGGAGUGGAGGAAGCUGUGGAGAAGGACCUAAUAGACGAAGUCAGAGAGAUGGCCCACCUGACGGAAACAGCGCUGAAAUAA